AUGGAUGCAGCUGGCAAAGAGCUCGAUAUUCCCAACGACAUCCAGUGCUUCCUGCUGUCCAACAAAAUGUCGUGUGUGCGCUGGGUACCGAACCAAACGGAAGAUGAACAUUUCUUCGUUACCGGCAGCUGGGGCGAUAAGGUGAACGCGAUCAAUUUGUGGAACCUUGUACAUGACGAGCUAACAGACGGAGAGAGCGAUGGUGUGCCGUUGGUGCCGAAAAGUACGGCCAAAUUCUGUGUAACCGGCGAUGUUGUUGGGUUUGGAUUUAUCGAUGAUAAAAAUUUGGUCUCUGUCACGUCGGAAGGUACACUCAGCGUGCUGGAUCUUAACCGCGAAUCAGCCAUGUCGUAUGAUUUCACCCACAAGUUUAAUAUGCACGAUCUGCACACGUUCGACGGGAAACAAUCGAUCUGUUCGGCGAUGAGCGUUUCAGCAUUUGACCAGUACAUUGUCACGGGAGGUGAAGAUGGUAAUUUGAACGUAAUAUCGGGUAAUGCGGGAAAGGUGAUAAGCACCAUAAAACACCCGGACAGUUCGAGCAUUCGGUGCGUGUCGUUCAUCUAUCCCAAUGUUGUUGUUGCUGGACGACAUUGUGGUCUCCUCAAUUGUUACGACACGCGCGAAAAUGGUAGCAAACCAGUGUUUAGCAUCGAAACGUGCCACGAUGAUGACCAUGAAAUGACCGUGCCGAUGUGUAUAAACUACCUACCCAAGCAUAAGUCACUUAUUUUGGUGGGGUUGGAAAAUGGUUCCAUUAUCAAUUCGGACAUACGCAAACCGUACGAUGCGUCCUUCGAAUUUGGUGUUCACACUGAUCCCGUCACCGAUAUACAGUUUGCAAAGGAGCAAGACAUCAUGUUCAGUGCCGACGCUGGUGGGUUAGUUACGGAAUGGGCGCUGAGCAACCAGUCAUCGUUCGUCGAUUAUUCCAUAGAAAGGAGCCAGCCGCGUAUGAAAGACUUUAAACCCAUCAAUUCGAUCGACGUGAACGUGCGACAGAUGAUAUGCUGCGGUGAUGCCGAAAUGGUUUUCAUAAUGGACCUCUGGUAG